AGGCCACAAGACAUAAAUAUGCUAUUUACUACCGACCAACGAGAAUGAAAAAUGGCCUUAUAAGUGGAGAACACCAAAUCAGGACCAGUAUAGCUGAACAGGCCAUUUUGGUUCAAAGAGGGCAGCCCACCCCAAUUUGAGAUCCAGUUUAAUUGAAAAAAACGAAAAAAUCCAGAGACACAACGAUCUUGAAAGUUGAAACUGGCCGGAAACCCCAUGCUAACCUUCUUUCACUUUCACUUUCUAUUGCGGCAAACAUGGACCCCUUGAAAUGUUUAUUCAAUAUCCCUCGCUUCUCCUGGAGCUUGCGAAGUCCCAUCAAACGCUAUCAAUAACCAAGCAGUUACAUGCUUCGAUCACCAGAGCCCACCUCUCACAUGACUCGUUUUAUGCUACUAAAAUUCUAAGAUUCUACGGCUUGAACAAUGACCUUCGCUCUGCUUGCAACCUGUUCGAUAAAACUCCUCAACGCAGCGUAUUCCUCUGGAAUUCCAUGAUUCGAGCUUUUGCCCGAGCCCACAAAUUUGAUGAAGCGCUAUCGCUGUAUACAAAGAUGCUAGGAACCCAAAUCAGACCCGAUAACUUUACUUAUGCGUGUCUUAUACGAGCGUGCCAUGAAAACUUUGAUCUGGAUGGUUUGAGACUUGAACAUGGAGGAGUAAUUGUUUCUGGGUUGGCAUUGGAUUCUGUUUCCUGUAGUGCACUGGUGACAGCUUAUUCAAAGAUGGGCCUUGUUAGCGAAGCGAGCAAGGUGUUUUCCGGGGUAUCUGAGCCGGAUUUAGUUCUGUGGAAUUCUAUGAUUUCUGGCUAUAGUUUUUGUGAAUUUUGGGCUGAAGGGUUGCGGUUGUUUAAUAGGAUGCGAGAGAAUGGGAAGCAGCAGCCAGAUGGUUACACUUUGGUUGGGAUCAUCUCAGGUUUAAUAGAUUUUAGUCAGCUGGGAAUUGGCCUAGGGAUUCAUGGGCUGUGCUUGAAAAGUGGUUUUGAUUGCAGUGCUUAUGUAGGCAGUGCACUUGUAAGCAUGUAUUCAAGAUUCAAAUGCAUGAAUUUAGCAUAUGGUGUUUUUAUCAGCUUAUGUCAGCCUGAUUUAGUUGCAUGGUCUGCUCUGAUAACAGGAUAUUCUUGGUAUGGAGAUCAUAAGAAGGCACUGUUUUUCUAUAGGAAUCUAUCCGUGGAAGGCAAGAAGGCAGAUUCCAUUUUGAUUGCUAGUAUAUUUGUGGCUGCUGCCCAUUUGGCAGAUGUAAGGUCUGGUUCUGAGAUACAUGGUUAUGUUCUUCGACAUGGAUUUGAAUCUAACGUCAUGGUUUCUUCGGCUCUUAUAGAUAUGUAUUUGAAGUGUGGUUUUGUAGGACUUGGGAUUCUUGUCUUUGACAAUAUGUCCAACAGAAAUGUUGUGUCCUAUAAUUCAGUAAUUUCAGGUCUUGGUUUGCAUGGACUUGCUGUUCAGGCUUUCAAACUAUUUGAGGAGAUGAUAGAGACGGGGAUGAAACCUGACGAAUCUACAUUCUCUUCCCUUCUUUGUGCAUGCUGUCAUAGUGGCCUUGUCAAAGAUGGGCGGGAAGUUUUCAGGAGAAUGAUGGAUGAAUUUUGCAUCCAACCUAAAACUGAGCAUUACGUUCACAUUGUAAAACUCCUAGGGAUGGUAGGGGAAUUGAAAGAGGCAUACAAUUUUAUCUUGCCCUUGAAACAGCCGGUGGAUUCUGGAAUUUGGGGAGCACUUUUAUCAUGUUGUCAUAGUCAUAGGAGUUAUGAGUUGGCAGAAAUGGUAUCCCAGCAUCUCUUUGAUAACGAGCCCAGAAAAGGUGCCUACAGAGUGAUGCUUUCUAAUAUUUAUGCAGGUGAUGGGAGGUGGGAUGAUGUAAAGAAGAUGAGAGAUGAUAUGGACAAUGUUGGAGUAAGAAAAAUUCCUGGUGUCAGUUGGAUUGGAGGUAGCUACAGUUAAUCAAUGAAAUGAUUGAUUGUAUCUCAGAUUGUCGUCAAAUCAGAUCAUGCACAGGAAGCUUUAUCCAGAGUUAAUGAUUCGUGACAAAGGCCGCAGAUAAAUAACAUAUUCUCUCAGACCAGACUCUAAUCGGAGAAAACAUGAUAUUUGUAUUUGCAAAGUAGACUCAAAACAAAGAUGGUUUCAACCUUUCAGCAUGUUCAUCAAGCAAAGGCAGCAGAUCCAACUGCUUCAAGGUAGUGAUGUACUGCAAACCUUCAGGGAGCAUCCUUAGACGCAAGCAGUUGUGGAAGUGGAGGUACUGUAAGCUUGGCAAUGCUCCCUCUUCAAGUUCUGUCCAUGCCUCAAGAACAUGAGAAGCAAUGCUGAGAACCUCAAGCUUUGGAAAUCCACCUGCUUUGCAGAAUUCUUUCCCCAACUGCUGUGCAUCAAAAGCAUGCCACAAGGUUAAAUUUUCCAAAUUGGGUAGAAGCUGUAGAACUGAUGUUGGGUUCUCGGAUAAAUGAGAGAAACCUAGUCUUAGCUUUGUAAGAUUUUCCAGUGAGCCAAGCCAGCUAGGUAUCUUAUCUAGGAAACCUUCAAGGCGAAGUUUCCUAAGAAGAGGUGGAGGCAAGAAUGACUCCGAGAGCACAAGGUGGUUCUUGUUGUAAGUAUGUUUUGCUUCUAAAGACAGGCAGAGAAGACCUUGCAUCUUCAUUAUGGAGGUGUGUAGCUCACCAGCAUUCUCUUCAGCAACGUCCAUCACUCCCAGUUUUCUGAGCUGAGUGAGCUUGUCUAAUUCCCCUGCGAUGCUACCCCCAGCAUGCACACCGGUUAGUGUCAAGAGGUUUCUUAAUCUACCUAUUCCCUCUGGUAGCUUCAUCCCACUAACAUUUAUGUUCUUGAACAUUUUGAGAUGCCUUAAUUUUACGAGACUUAAGACGUUCGGUGAUAGUGUUGAUAAAUUCCCACACCAUCUGAUAUCUAAAGUCUGCAGUGCUCGUAAUUUACCAAGUCUUGCUGGAAGGUCAUUUAUGUUGCUGUGUUUCAAGCCAAGAUAUGUCAGGUGAAUUAGGUCUCCCACUUCAUCUGGUAAACUCUGGAUUUUGGUGUCUUCUAGAUCUAGCACCCGCAAAAACUUUGCCCAUGUCAAAUCCAGCCAAGUUCCUUCCAAAUGAUCUUGAUUCCCAAACAAGAAUAAAGAACGAGGUCGGAGAUUGUUUAAACUGUGCCCAGUUUUCAUCAUGUCUGAUGUUAAAACAUGGCGUGCUGUAUGGGGGAUAGUCAAAUCUGAAUUGGCAAGAGUACUUACAAAAUUUUCACCUAUGAAAUUGCGAUAUGGAGAAGAAACAGUGAAUUUGGUUCCAUGCUCCAGGUGUUCAUCCUUCACUUUAAGCAUUCCCUGUAUGACCAGCUCAUUUAUGUUUUCCUCUGCUAUGUCCUCCAACAUAUGUCCUGUUUUUUCUUGUAUCAGACCUUCGGCUACCAACAACCGGAUCAAUCUCCCCUUGUUUAUCCAGUAAUUCGCGGGGAAUAUACAACAAUAUUUCAAACCAGCUUGAAGGUAGUAAGGUAAAUUUCUGUAUUUUAAGUUGAAUGAAACCAAAGUUGAUGUCUGACCUUCUUUCUGCCCGGGAACUUGUUCCCCUUCACCUUCAUUCUCUUCCUUCCAUCCUUCAAUGGUAGUUGAACUGAAUUGCAUCUGACUUUCUUCCUUUCCAUAAGAUUGUUCCGUGUUAUCUUUUUGCUCUCCAGUAUCUUCUUCUGCUAUGGCUGAUUCUGCCAUUCUGCGGAUGAUUUCAGCAAGUUGAGAUUCUAUCUUCUGUAGUUCAUUACUGAAGCAUUGUGUCAAUGCCAACCUAUCGGAUCCGAUUUGCUUAUCCAUCUGAAUGAUGAACUCAUCAACUUGGUCGUCCAUGUCAUGAACCAAAUCUUGAAGUUGGUUGACCCAAGUCGAAAAAGCAUCAUCAUUUCCUCCGCUGCCCCUAUCUCCCAAAAAUUCCCCAAUCUCCCCGAGUGAGCCUUCUAUAUGUUCGAUUUGAUCAUUAAGGGCAGCGAAGGUCUGAGUCUCUUGAAGCAACAGAGAUUCCAAUCUCUGUAGGAAGAACUUAACCAGAGCCUCUGCCAUUUCUGCUAAUUUUAAAGAACAACUGGUUUUCUCAAAGGAUAGAAGAUAGCGGAGUAUUGUGUAAAGGUUUUAUACUGAAAUGAUUUAUGGUGAUUGGUCAAGGUCUUCCAUUGUUCUUUGUGUUC